UCCUAAAACCCAAAUCGCGAGAAGCAAAUUCCCCGCAGCUUUCCACCUCUCCUCUGACCCAGACGCCCCCAGCAGCCAUGGCUUCCACCGAAACCCUAGCCCGCUCUCCAUCUCGCGAGCCCACCUCCGACCCACCCCGCGAUGCCCCGCCGCGUGACGCCUCCUCCGAGCCCCAGCACAACGGAUCUGGCAGUGCCGCCGCCGAGGGCGACUCAUCCUCCCGCCGCCGCCGCCGCAGCCGAUGGGAGCAGUCCAACGACGACUCCGGCGCUAACUCUGGCGGCGAGGGCGGGGCGGGACGGAAGCGGAAGUCACGGUGGGCGGAGGAGGAGCCCCGCCCGACCAUCGCACUCCCGGACUUCAUGAAGGACUUCGCCGCCGAGAUGGAUCCAGAGGUGCACAACCUUAACUCGCGCCUCCUGGAGAUCUCGCGCCUGCUGCAGUCGGGGCUCCCCCUCGAUGACCGCCCUGAGGGCGCGCGCUCGCCGUCGCCUGAGCCUAUAUACGACAACCUCGGCAUCCGUAUCAACACCCGCGAGUACCGUGCUAGAGAGCGCCUCAACCGAGAGCGGCAGGAGAUCAUCUCCCAGCUCAUCCGCCGCAACCCCGCCUUCAAGCCGCCGGCGGAUUACCGCCCGCCCAAGCUUCACAAGAAGCUCUACAUCCCCAUGAAGGAGUACCCCGGCUACAACUUCAUUGGGCUCAUCAUUGGACCCCGUGGCAACACACAGAAGCGGAUGGAGAAGGAGACAGGGGCCAAGAUUGUAAUCCGAGGGAAAGGCAGCGUCAAGGAAGGGAAGCUGCUGCAGAAGAGGGACCUCAAGCCAGAUCCCAGUGAGAAUGAGGACCUUCAUGUUCUUGUUGAGGCUGAUACACCGGAGGCAUUAGAAGCGGCUGCAGGCAUGGUGGAGAAACUGCUUACUCCUGUGGAUGAGGUGCUGAAUGAGCACAAACGUCAGCAGUUAAGGGAGCUUGCAGCGCUGAAUGGGACAAUUAGGGAUGAUGAGUUUUGUAGGACUUGUGGAGAGCCGGGACACCGACAGUAUGCUUGCCCAAAUAGGACAACAACGUUUAAGAGCGAGGUCCAGUGUAAGAUCUGUGGCGAUGGUGGGCACCCGACAAUUGAUUGUCCAGUCAAGGGCACAUCUGGGAAGAAGAUGGAUGACGAGUACCAGAACUUCCUGGCUGAGCUUGGUGGGAGUGCACCUGAAUCAAUGACGAAGUCUGGUGGUCCAAUGCUGGCUAUUACAGGGAGUAGCGGCGGCGGCGGCGGUAAUAGUGGCAGUAACUUGCCAUGGGCUGGGGGUGGUGGUGUUUCAGCAACAGGGGCAAAUGGGAUCAAGAAGGAUUAUGACGAGACGAAUCUUUACAUUGGGUACUUGCCACCUAUGUUUGAUGAUUCAGGGCUCAUCAACCUAUUUUCACAGUUUGGGGAGAUUGUCAUGGCAAAGGUUAUCAAGGAUCGCAACACUGGGCAGAGUAAAGGAUAUGGAUUUGUGAAAUAUUCAGAUGUCUCGCAGGCUAAUGCGGCAAUUGCUGCGAUGAGUGGUUACCAUCUUGAAGGUAGGACUAUCGCAGUUAGAGUUGCAGGCAAGCCACCACAGCCAGCUGUCCCCACCGGUCCACCAGCAGUGCCAGCACCACCGAUGUACCACACUGCAGAUACAUCUGGUGGUGGCUACAAUUCGCAGCCCUACAUGGGAGGACAUCCACCACCACCUCCAGGUAGCUAUGCUCCAGUGCCUUGGGGGCAACCACCACCAUAUGCUUCGUACCCUCCACCGCCACCACCAGGCAUGUACAAUCCUGCACCUGCUCCACCAGGGCAGACCGCUCCACCUCCAUAUGGUAUGCAGUACCCGCCACCACCAGCUCCGAUCCCUCCACCAGGCACUGCUCCAUCAAGUGAUGGAUUGCAGAACUACCCUCCUGGUGUAACGCCACCGAGUUCUGGUGCACCUACUCAGCCUGUUCCAGCUCCGGUAUAUGGAACCUCUGGUGCACAAAAUGUCCCACAUAUGUACCCACCACCACCUUAUAGUUAUGCACCAUAUUAUCCAACUGUCACACCAGUUCAGCAGCCGCCUCCACCACCGCCUAAUGUUGAUCCCUCGCAAAGCAUUGCAACUGCACCUUGGGCCACCCACAAUGCACCACCACCACCGCCACCACCGGUUAGCGUUGAUCCUUCACAGAACAUUGCAAGUGCACCAUGGGCCACCAACAGUGCACCACCGCCACCACCUUUGCCAUCCUCCAAUGAACAUCCUACUGCUCCCUAUGGUGCUGAUGCAGAGUAUGAUAAAUUUAUGUCAGAGAUGAAGUGAUAUGAUACAAGGCUUCCAAGCUGAGGCAAUUCUUUCCGUGCUGGGGAAAGAUGUGGGGAUAUUUUUACCUGUGAUGUAGAUUCGUCCAGUAUUAUUGAGUGGCUUAAGGUUUCUUGGAGCUAAUGCGAACCUGAUUUAUUUGUUGUUGGAAGUUUGGGACUCUUAUCUUUAACCUUGCUGUGCUGUUAUGACCAUUGCAGAGGUUGGAUGAUUCAGGACGUAAAGCAUAGUCGGUCCAUUGGGCAAUAUAAUAUCUUUAUGAUCAUCUCCCAGAACUAUUUUGGAGGGAACCUUUACUAAUGCUUUUGUCUUGAUGUUAUUCUUGUCAUUACUUGAAAAUUUCUAUUUAUGUCACUUAAAUACUCUGUUGACUGUGAUAUUAGUCUUAAUAUUCUCACCUGUAUUAUUAAUGUUUUUGUCCUCCCCUCGUUUUGGUAAGCGCUGGUGGUCCUCUUCGCUUGGAUACCAGUCCCCUUGAUUUGCUACCCACUUGGUGGUUGGUAUAAUGUGUGAAAUGUAUGUUUGUCUUCUGAUGAAUCUUUCGAGCUUUCCCAUCUUACAUCUUUGGCUAAGUUGUUUGGCAGUGUGCUCGUGACAGCUUUGGCACAGGCAGCCAGAGAUAGUACUUUAUCAACAGGUAUUGUUGAGCUAUUGUGAACUGCUCACAGCGGAAUCUACUAAUUCAAUAUGGUUUCAUCUCUUCAUUUUCUGCUAACAGAAGUAACAAUUUUCCCCUUUUGGUAGUCGAUCUGUGCAUUAAGGCAUCGAAGCAUAACUGCGACGCUGGAAAGUCAUCGAUUCAGAACUUCCUGACAUUUAUUCUGCCAAUGUCCAUCCUAACAUGAUGAAUAUUUCCUUGCAACUGAAUUCAUGCAGAUCAAGUCAUUAAUGGAGAAUAUGCCCAAGAUGCGUACCGACAUGGUUAUAUGUUGUGAGCUCAUUUGAAGGUUUGGAAACCAACUAGCUCAAAUCGAGAUUAGGUCUAGAGAGGGAAGUAGGACAUACGGUAGUCAAUCAUUAGCUACCUUCCUAUUUCAAGGCAGAUAUACACUAGCUGUUUGGCUUUGCCUCCACAGGUUUUUAGGUGUCAUUUGCUUUUCCCAUGCUUUCUACUCCCUCCGAUCCUAAAUUCUUGUUGUGGUUUUCGAACAAAUCUGAACUGAAACUAUGACAAGAAUUUAGGAUCGGAGGAAAUAUUAAACAACUUUUUUUAA